AUGGUCAUGAGGAGGCUGCCCUUGAAAAUUUCAAUCGAGAGGCUCGUUAAGCUCGACUCGGUAGGGGAUGCGCGACUCUCCGGGGUUGCUACUGCAAGCGAGGACGAGUUUCGGGCUCGUUCACGCAUAUGGCCAUUGGCCAGCAGCAAAAGAGUUGUCUAUCCGGUACAACUAAACGCCUACCCAAAUCAAUGA